AUGUGUGAAAAAUAUAAUGAGAUUCUAUACGGUGUUGGUUUCGGAAUCGACUAUUUCAGAAAGAUCAGUCCUCGUUUCCGUUUCAGGGGCAUCAAAAACUAUGAAUAUCGUGAAAGAUCUGGAAAGUAUGGUGAACUACCUAAAACUGGUGGUGAUAUAUUUGUUCAUGCAAAAUGUAAUGAUCAUGGCAUGUUGUUUGAUCUGGCAAAAUCCAUCAUUCAAAAUAUGCCGCGUGGAUGUGUGGAUAAAUUUGAAGAUAUUUACGGUUGGGUAUAUCGGGAUAGGCGUGAUUUGAGUGAAUUCGUUGAUGGCAAGGAGAAUCCUAAGUGUUUGGAUGAACGAGCAGAGGUGGCGAUCAACAAACGAACAGGUGGAAGUUACGCCAUUGUUCAGAAGUGGGUUCAUAAUAUGAGUUUGCUCCAGGAAACAGGUGAUGAGACAAAAGAAAAAUGGAUUGGUCGAACUCUGAAAGACAGCUUGGAGUUGAUAAGAAAACCGAAUACAUCACAUGUUGCCAGAAUGGUUGGAUCUGACGAGUUUAAAGCUAAGAAGAAACAUAAAAUUGUUCGGCAAGCUCAACCAUUUGGAACUUUAUCUGGAGGUGCUGGUCUCUUAUUCAUAGCAUACGCAGCAGAUACAAAGAAUUUCGAUUUCAUGUUGGAUCGAAUGACUGGUGAUAGUGAUGACAAGAUAAAUGAUAAUUUAAUGAUUUUCAGCCGAUGUGUUACAGGAAACUAUUGGUACUUUCCUGGUCUGCUUGAAUUUAACCUUCUAGUCCGUAAUCUACCAAUAAGAAUAUUGUUGUAACCAAGUGGAAUGUUGAUUCAGCUAUGUACAUUAUUUAUCUUUUCAGUUCAUUUCAAAUAUUUUGCACCAAAUGUAGUUUUACUAUUUA